AUGGCUGGGGAAAUAGUUUAUGCCGAUUUAAGGCAUCCUGGGAAUGGAUUUUCUCCUGCCGAGAAGCGUCAGGCUCCUGCCUUGUGCCCACGGUGGCACGGGGUCCUCCUCAAAGUCAGUGGGCUGGGGAACCUCAUCCUGCUGGUGCUGGUGGUGGUGCUGAGCGUGCAGGUUUUUCAGGGCUGUCUGCAGCCAGCGACGAUCAGCGUUCCCCGGCAAGGUGCAGAACAAAGCCGGUGGGGAAGGAACCACACGGAGCGAUGCCUGAUCUCAUCCCUGAUCCGGUAUUUCUGCGAGCUCCGGCGGGACAGCCCCGCAGCCUAUGCUGGCUGCAAGCUGUGUCCCAAGGACUGGCAGCUCCACGGGGAAAGAUGCUACCGGCUUUCCAAGGAAGAGGGAAACUGGACUCAAAGCAAGAAGGGCUGCGAAAAUCAGGAUGCUCAGCUGGUGGUGCUCCAGAACAAGAAAGAAAAGGAGUACAUCAAGAAUAUCACAGGCAGAAGCACACAGCCGGUGUGGAUCGGAUUGAUAUCAUCCCACAAGAAGUGGAGAUGGGUGGACAACACAUCCUUCAACACCCAAACGUUUGGCAGCCUGAAGGACAUGGAUGAAGGGUGCGGGACACUGAAAAAUGAGGUGUUGGAGGUCGAUACCUGUGGCGGCGAACACAAGUGGGUUUGCCAGAAAGACCUUUUAGAGCUCUCCCCAUCGAUGGUGGGAGACGGAGAGCAAUGCAACGCCUCCCUCUGA